CAACUCAGGCUGGCCAGUCAAAGGCUAGGGCAGCUGCAGGCCAAGUUGGAUUCUCAAGGGAACGUAUCUCGCAAAGACAUUGCUACGUUACUCCAGCAAGGCGACGUCGCAUUAGCUCGAGCGAAGGCACAGAAAAUUAUUCAAGAUGAUAUCUUGGGAGACUUGUUGGAGACGCUUGAGAUGGAAAUUGGAGUCAUUUUGGAACACUUUAGCGAGUUGGAACAUAGCAGCCUCGCCCCAAGUCCCACCAUCGUAGAAGCUGCUUCCAGUAUUAUAUAUGCGGCGCCUUACGUCCGUUCGAAAGAUCUUGAUAUGGUUCGCAGUAUACUUAUCCAGCAUUUCGGCCCAGACUUCGCGCGUUCUGCAACUGGGAAUCGAGACAAUCACGUCUCCUCGCGAAUCGUUCGCGCUACUUCUGCGACUCUCCCCUCAGCCAGUCUACUCAAUCAGUAUCUGAAGAGUGUUGCUCAGAACUAUGGAGUGAAAUGGACGCCUGAACCACUGCGCGAG